AAAACACCAGAAGCGCCACUCUCUGCGUCCGUCGCUCAUCUGCGAUAAUGGAAGUUGAUGAGGAGGAGCCGCUAUUGGUCAGUUCCAGGCGCACCGGAGGACUCAGAACUUUGCCUUCAAUCAUAGUGAAUGAAUCGCUGGAGAGACUGGCGAGCUCUGGGCUAUCUUCCAACAUGACGCGCUACUUGACCGGCGAUUAUGGAAUGUCCGCCACCGCCGCCUCCUAUGUUCUCUCCCUCUGGUCGGCGGCCAGUAAUUUCACUCCCGUCAUCGCCGCCUUUCUCGCCGAUUCCUACGUCGGCCGCUACCCCAUGAUCGGAUUCGGAUCCAUCAUCUGCUUUUUCGGGAUGUUGGUUCUUUGGUUAACGGCAGCAGUUCCGGGAGCAAGGAAUUUUGUGGUUCUAUAUACUUCUUUAGCGCUGAUGUCCAUCGGAGCCGGCGGCGUGCGGUCAUCUUCCAUGGCCUUCGGCGCCGACCAGUUGAGAAAGGGCGGACGGAGCCUGGAGAGCUACGUUGCCUGGUACUUUGUGUCGGUGACGGCGUCUGUUCUGGUCGGAAUGUCGGUGGUGGUUUAUAUUCAGGACAACAUGGGAUGGACGGUGGGUUUCGGAAUUCCGGUUGUUUUGAUGUUCUUGUCGGCGGUCUCUUUCUACCUUUCUUCUCCGUUUUAUGUGAAGGAGAAGCCAUCUCCGAGCUUGAUCGCCGGCCUUCUGCAAGUCGCCGUCGCUUCUUAUAAGAAGAGAGGCCUUCGAUUCUCGUCAAUGGAGUUUGAUAAUAAUAAUGUGAUGUAUCAUAACCCACCUGGAUCCACUCAUCUCAUUCCAACUCACAGAUUAAGGUUUCUAAACAGAGCAUGCAUAAUAAGAAAUCCAGGAACAGAGGUGAGCGUGGAAGGAAAGGCUUCAGAUCCAUGGAGUUUGUGCAGCGUAGAGCAAGUGGAAGGGGUGAAGGCUCUGAUAAGAAUAAUCCCAAUAUGGUCGAGUGGAAUCAUUCUGGCAGUGGCGACCACGCCCAACGCUUUCCAAUAUCUUCAAGUAGCCUCAAUGGACAGACACAUAACUUCAAACUUCCAAGUUCCCGCAGGCUCCUUCGCCACAUUUACAAUGAUUUUCAUAACAAUAUGGGUUCCUCUCUACGAUCGCCUCCUAAUUCCUCUCGCCUCCAAAAUCGCGGGAAAACCGGUUCGUCUCAACGUCAAGCUCAAGAUGGGGGUGGGAAUCGUCUUCAUGUGUCUAUCUUCUGCCGUGGCAGGCGUAGUCGAGAGCCGCCGCCGAGCCCUYGCUAUAGAACAAGGAUUCUCCGAUGACCCACAAGCUGUCGUAACCAUGUCUGCCUUUUGGACAUUGUUCACCCAGAUGUUGGGUGGUCUAGCUGAAGCAUUCAAUGUAAUCGGUCAAAAUGAGUUCUAUCUCUCAGAGCUGCCAACGGCCAUGUCGAGCAUUGCAACCACGCUUGGUGGUCUAAAUAUGUUCAUUGGGAACCUGGUUGCAAGUUUUAUAUUAAAGAGUGUCGAUGAUCUGACAAAAGGUGGAGGAAAAGAAAGCUGGGUUUCAACCAACCUUAACAAGGGCCAUUUUGAUUAUUAUAAUUGGCUUGUCUGUAUUCUCAAUAUUCUAAAUCUCAUCUACUUUUUGGUAUGUUCCAAGGGCUAUGGCCCUUGCAAGGGGGAAGACGACUACAAAGAUGAUGUAUCUUGCGGCCACGAAUUCAACUAAGUGAUGCACUUAGAAAAGUAUAUGUUUAUAUAUCGUGGUUAGUAGGGGCCGAGCUAAUUUAAUUGCUUUUUAAUGUACAUUAUAAAUAUAACAUUAUAUUAGAUAGUUAAUUUUAAUUGAUAUCAACACUUCUCCUUCC